AUGAGACGACUUUCCGUCAGUGACUUUCUUGAUAAAUGGAUUACAGACGAUGAUAAACAUCGACUAAAUAAUCCUCCAUCCCCGUUACAUCUCCCGGUCCACAAAUUAAUUGCACCUUCUAAGCUCAACGCGGCCAAACCAUUAAAAAUAUACCAAAUUUAUCGACGGAACUUUGUCGCUGGUCAUAAAGAUCGUAAGCUAUCAUACCACGUGCUUAACUCCCAGGCCUCACAAUUGUGGUUUGACGAAAGUUCUGCUAUCAGAGGCUAUUUCAUAUUUUUGCAACAAUUGAUGAGACGACAUCUGGAUAUUGUCAACCACAGAAAUG